GGCCAGCAAGUAAGAGUCUAACUACUAGUAAAUCACCAUAUCAACAAAAGUCACUUGACCUUACCUUCCAUCACCAUCCUGUGUCUUUUAAACACGUUAUAUCCGUAUACGUCGCGCUCAGGCUCGUGCCUCUGAUGGUGACAAUCAUUCCUGACAAUUUGCCACAUCCUGGUUCUACAUUAUUCCUGCCGUCUUUGCUUGCUCAUAUACGCGCUGCUGCUCCAGGUCUGCCACUCGAACCAAUCAUCAUCCAGGUUUUGCUUCUUUGUAUCGUUUCAGGGGAUAGAAAUCUUAUUCUGCGGACCCGUGAAGAGGAUGUUGGUCUUGUAUCCAGACUUACGACUAUCUCGCUCACAUCUAUCUUCGGUUACGUCACCCACAAAUUUCGAUGUCAUGCCGAUACGAAGUCUCAGACACCCGCUAAAUUUCUGCGGUCCCUUUUUAUCCCACCCCCAGUUAUCGCCGCCACCGAUGGCUCGCUGUCACCCCAGCACAGGCACCAUCGUUCAUCCGUGACAGUGCACAGCAGGAAGUCUUCUUUUCCUAUGUCAAUGUCCUUUUCAAGUGAUGUUGCGCGAUCCGUUCAGCCGACCUCGCAACUGCCCUCUGAUGAUCUGACCGUCAGUGCUGACGGCGGACCGUCCACAGAAACUCAACAAAGGUCAACUCGCCUGAGCCUCCAGACUGAACCCUCCGUACCCAAUCUUGGUUCUAGUGGCAAUAUGGCAACCCAUCACCGUCAUACAUCGCAUGUCAAUUCAGAUAUGCUUAAGAUACCACACGCAAUUGUCGUCUCUGGAUUAGAACAUGCUAGUUUACCUGCGCAGCGUGCUGUCCUACGGACUCUUGCAGAGAAGAAGCUCGUCGUAUCGGAUAACCACUCAGAAAUCGAGUCAGAGUUGCAGCUUGAUCUGCCAGACGAUUUUAUUAUGGUCUAUGUAUGUUGCUUAGAUCCGUAUGAGAGACCGCCUAUAUACAGCAGCCUGCUCGACUGGUUUGCUAUGAGUGCGUCUAUCAAUGUGCAGCUAUCCACACGAGCCGCGAUGCAUAAUUAUCUACCUCACCGCCCGUCAACACCAUCCACAGCACUAUCCUCGCCCUCGAUUCCAGGGUACUCAUUGCCCAAUGUAAUUAUGUCAGGCCCGCCGACCCCUCCACCAAGCAACUCCACACCCAUAAUACCAGCCACGUUCCUGGCAAAACUAAAAAUCUUAUGUGCCACUGAAGUUCGCAUGCGCCCGCCGCUAGAAAUAUACCUCGCAGAUUUAUUGACCGCCACGCGACAUUUUGGUGCGCUUGACGCCAUGAUGCUCACUGCACGUGCACGUCAAGACGCAGAGGUCCUCGCUCGGGCUGCUCGGGUGCUCGGGAUCGAUCAAACAGGGGCAGAGCUGAUUAAGGAAGCAUCGAUCAAUGAUCUAGAGCGCGUUGAUGAGAACAGCACAGAACGUGGGUAUCCCCGGUCGAGCACGAACACCCAGAGCUUCGAAGCGCCUAUCGAUGGCUCUACACUGCCAUAUGAUGUACCUGACGUGACUAGCGUGCAUACUCGCCGCAGCACGCGGAGUGUACCCCUCGAAGAUGAGGAACCGCUAGAAUUGGAUGUGUCAGAAGCGGAUGUGGCGAGGAUUUUUCCAAGGGUGGUGUCGCAUCGUGUCAGGGUGAGGGACUCGCCUGUGGAUGAAGUUCUGAGCAGCGCAGUUUGUGGGGCUGUAAGUCGACCGGGGGUGAUACCAAAAGGGAUGGAUUCAGACUGGGAAGAGGGCCCCAUUGACGUGAAUGAUCCAGAUGCUGUGUGGGAGCGAGAAACAGUUAAAGAUAUAUUGGUAGAUAUACUUUCCAAAGUAUGACUUAUCAUGAGGCGAUGACUUGGAUACAUUAAUUGGUGGCUGCAGAAGCACAGAUGCCGUUCAA